GCUCACGCUGCCAUCUCCAAACUGUGCACAUGGAUAUUCUGUUCUUCAAUAAAACAGUAGUUUAGUUUUUUGUUGUCAUAGGCUGUGAAAAGUUUUAGUGAACGUUUAAGAAUUUCACGCUUAACUGGAAGCUACCAAAUAAUCCAAUAUAUUUAUUAGACAAAAUUGUGCAUUUGCUAUUAGUUAUAUUUUUUUGCCUCCAUUUUACAUACAUUUACACCUGGCGCAUUUUUCGUGCUGGCAAUGUAAUCACACCGAGCUAGCUGACGACAAGUGCCAGUGACCUAGAUUUUGGGAGUCCUGCGCUUGGGUAGAGUAACGACACCACCACCGCCACCGCAAUCCUGCUCCGUGCCCGUUAAUCCUUCCAGCUGCAGCAACAAAGUAAAGGUCACAAAUCGCGAGGCAAGCCUUUUUUUGGGUUAGCGGAGUCAGAGAUCACAUCGAGCUUAGUACGUACCCCUCAACAGAUAUAUGACUGGGUGACCAGGAUCUGACAUGCGUAACAACAGCGGCUAUCAUAUCCCAGCUAGCAACAGUCUGAACAACAAUGGAGCCCCGGCGUCACGUUACUGCAAUGCGGACAAUACGUUUUGCUACUAUAGCUACGAUAACUGCAACCUGAUCGCUCCAGCGUGGGGCAAUCGCCAGAACCAGAAUCAAAAUUCAGUGCCCAACCAGAACCAUAAUCUGCCGACAAAGAGAAUUCCCACCAAGCAAUCGGCCAGAUCAAGCUACCACCAAUCGGCGGCCAAUUCGGCGCCGGACUCAUCACUGUUUACCGAUGCAUUUGGCCAGCAAUCGUUGGUCAACCAGCGGAUAGCUGGCAACAAGAGCUGCGAGUACGUCUAUCAGACGGUACAGCGAUCGGAGGAUCAGCAUUCCAAUAGGCAGUACAAGCAGGCAAGGUCAUAUGCCGUAGACAAGGAGCAACAGCAGCAGAUGUUGUUGCAGCCAUCCAUCGUAUACUUUGAUGCGGAGCUAAAGAAACGGAAAGACCGAGGGGGACGUGUGUCCAACGAUUAUGUGGACAAUAGUCCGGACCGAUAUCGGCCACUCAAUUCCCCCUCACCAGAGCCGACCUGGGAUAACAUACUCUCGGAACGCCCGGUCCAGUAUCAGACGACAAACCAGCACUAUCAGCACUAUUUUUCGUACUUCUACAACCGUGGAGCGGAGAAACUGUCCAAGCCAACGUUUGCCGCUGCCAAUAGCCGCAAAGUGCCAAUGAGUAAAUUUCAAAAGGCCGGCGCCAGUCGCAGGGAUUCGCGAGAAGUCGAUGGCACAGUUAUCAUUGGACGAAGGGACAAUUCCGAGGACAGGACCUGGCAGGGUCAAAAGUAUGAGAAGCACGUGCUAAAGGAAAAGCUCCCAAGCAAUGAUUUAAAAGCCGAUUACCUAGACAAUGGCUGGGGAGGAGACCCUGGAAGCGAAGAUGACUACAGGGACAUUAAAGAUAGCUAUGACCCCGUUGUUGUAAUUGACAAUGGGCUGGAGCAGGUCGGAGUACAUCGGCGCUACUGCAGAAUGACCGAAAAUACGGUCCUGGAUGGCUCCGGAGACACGCUUAUUAAUAACAACAAUAAUGAAUUAAAGAUUAUGCGUAAGUCGACGGAUCAGCCCAUGCCACGGUUGCCCAUGACGCCAAAGAGGGCCAAAGGUGGGACCGUGUCUACCAAAAAGCCAAUGCCCACGGUUCACCGAGUCCUGCUGUACAGCACUCAGAGUCCACGGCUCGGCCGCAAGCAGCAGUUCAGCACCCAGCGGCUAAGUGUAAAGCAGCAGAGCUCCAAGGUACUGGGUGCAGGUGAUGAAAGACAGACGGUCUUAUUGCUGGAGCCGGAACACAAACAGGAAGAUCACCGUAGUGCCAUUGACUUCGAUCGUAAUGACGACUUCGACGAAGAUGAUGAUCUCGACAAUUUAUCAAAUUUCGACGAAAGCGACACGGCGAGUGUUUUGUCAGACACUGAGGACGGUUAUCGUGCCCAUGCCUUCAAGCUUACCCACUCUGUGGAUCGAUUUUCAUCGCCCCAAAGCACGCCCAGCUUCUUGUCUUCGCAGUCGUCUGAGGAUGAUCUGAAAAAUCCGGAUUCCCUUCUGGUUCCCAGUUUGUUUCCCUACGUGCCCCCUUAUUUGUCUUUUUCGUCGAACACAAAAAGAGGUCCACGCGUGCCGCCGGAUCUUCAUCGCGUUUUGAAGUGGCGCAUUACAAACAUAAUGCCAAAGGUAGUUCGUCUGAUUCUGGCCAACAGCGGAAUGCGAAUGCUAAAGAAAACCAACGACUGGAUGGGCGUAUGGGGAAAGCAUUUAAAGUCACCGUGUUUUAAGGCCAUUCGUUCGUAUCAGAAAAUUAAUCACUUGCCCGGUUCAUUUCGCAUCGGCCGAAAGGAUUCGUGCUGGAAGAAUCUGCAAAGGCAGAUGGGUAAGCACAGCAACAAGGAAUUCGGGUUCAUGCCACGCACAUACAUUAUUCCCAAUGAUCUGGGAGCGCUGCGCCGGCACUGGCCGAAAUAUGCCCAGCGAAAUACUAAGUGGAUUAUAAAGCCACCAGCUAGUGCUCGGGGUGCUGGCAUCAGGGUUAUCAACCGAUGGGGCCAGAUACCCAAGAGAAGGCCCCUUAUCGUACAAAAGUAUAUAGAGCGACCGCUUCUAAUAAAUGGUAGUAAAUUUGAUCUGCGUCUGUAUGUCUUGGUUACAUCAGUGAAUCCCUUGCGAGUGUUCAUGUACCACAACGGAUUGGCACGGUUCGCUUCAGUAAAGUACAGCGCUAAAACGGACACUUUGAAUGAUCGGUGUAUGCAUUUGACCAACUACAGCAUCAAUAAGUUUUCCUCGAACUAUUCGAAGAACGAAGACGUCAAUGCCUGCCACGGACAUAAGUGGACUAUCAAGUCGCUGUGGACGUAUUUGGCGAAUCGUGGAGUGCGUACCGACUGUCUGUGGGAGGCUCUGAGGAGUUUGGUGCUUCGGACAAUUCUUGCUGGCGAGAAUGGCAUUAAUAGCAUGAUUAGAGCAAAUGUUGAAUCAAAGUACAGCUGCUUCGAGCUAUUCGGCUUCGAUGUUAUUCUGGACUCUGAUCUUGUGCCUUGGCUGUUGGAAGUUAAUAUUUCGCCCAGUUUACACUCGGAACUGCCCCUAGAUGCUCAUGUUAAAGCGCCUUUAGUGCAGGGCGUUCUUAAUACAGCGCUGUACAACGUACCUCCAAAACUAUCGCUUGAUAAGCAAAAAGAACUGGCCGCAGAAUUUUCCUUUCCUCCCGGCACACAAAUGUGCUAUGACAAGCGGCUUUACAUUAACUACUUGUCGCGCGAGGAAAAGAUCAAACAUAACACAUUUACCCGAAAGUCUAUGGAAGACCGGAAUGAGUAUGUGGAUGCGAUCCUAAAUAAUCUGACCCCCGAUGAUGUGAGGUGCCUUAUCAUAGCCGAGGAUGAACUAGCGCGAUGUGCACCGCUGGAGCGCAUCUUUCCAACUGAUCAAACCCAUAAGUACCUUAAAUACAACGACACUCCGCGGUAUUACAAUCGCCUUUUGGAUGCCUGGGAAUCCCGCUACGCUAACAAUCGCACAGAAGGGAUAGCGUUGUUGCGCGAUUAUUGUCAAAACAAAUAUCAUCUUCAAGUCCCAACUCCUCCAGCCAAAAAGGUGAGAUCUUUAUUCAUCAAUAGUGCAGAAGCUUUUCACAAGACCCAUUUAAAUGAAUCGUAAACUAUACAAAACAAAUAUGUAGGUCAGGAUAUUUUUUUUUUUAAAUACUACAAGUAUCUUAAGUUAUUAUCCUAUUUUAUUUAUAAUAAACCUAAUUUGUGAAAGCAAGUGCAUAUUGCACUGCAUUCUAUACAUACACUAAGUAUUUGCCCACGUUUUAAUUAUUUUGUACACAAAAAUACUGUUCUAAAAAUCAGUUAAAAUAUUCAUAAAUUCUCGACUACUUUUGUUAAAUUUUGAGGGCUGUUGGAGAUUUAUACAAUCGUUCUUUUGGCGGUGCCGCGCUCUUUGCCAUAGUAAGUCUUAUCUGUUGACCACGCAGAGUCAUCGUAAAAUAAAAUCUCGAAUAUUAGUAGAUAGAUGAAAACCAGUAAGCUUGUUAUAAUAUUUGUACUGUCUUUAUUUAAAAUAUAUCCAGGACAACAAAGUGUAUUUGUCAUCUCUACCGGUUAACUACCAUAACGUAAAAAUCUUUUGUUUUCUUUACCAGUAAUGCAUAGGUAAAUAACGAAGCUUAAAUAAAAUUACAAGUAGAGGGAUGGUCAAAUAGUGAUGUUCUCUUUUGCCGACAGGCCCCAUAUGCAUAUAGUUAUAAAUCCAGAUGUUCUAUGUAAUUGAAAUGUUCCUAUAGCAAAUAACUUUUAACAGAAACUGCUCACCGAAUCCAUAUGUAUUUCAUUGCAUUGCGUUGCCUUCUUGUUUGUGUUUUUCUGUUCGACGUUACCAUCACUAUAAUUUCUUUUUAUGUCUCUGCGUAUAUGAAGUAUGUUGAAGGUGAUCACACUGCAUAUUCCUUACACCUGAGUCCAGAACAAGACUUUCUUCCAGCGUCAGGUGGGUCUUUAAAUGGUAAUAUACCUCAAUCGGCUGUCCAUAACUAGCUUUUCCAACGCGCCGACCUCAAAUCUUUCACAAAAAAAACAAAAAAAAUAAAAAAAAAUAACAUUUUAAUAAACAUAUUUACGCAAAUUUUCCAACCCGGACCAUCGCAAAGUAAACUGCGCCUGAUGAUUUAUAUCCAUAGCGAAUGUAGUGUGUUUUUGAAAGAAAAUUUCCAUAUAAUCAUUAUAUUAUAAGGUUUAUAAUUCCACGGACUUCUUACCUUUUUUUUUCGAACUCAUUUGACCAAUAGUUAACUCACAAAAAUAAUGUAUAACAAUGCUUAUACCUUUUGUUAAUAUUGAUUGGUUAUGCAAAACAUGUUUUUUCUCUCCAUGUAGCGAAAAGCGUAUAGUUAGAAAUUUAUCGUUCAACACAAAUAUGCAGAGAAAAACAUUUUAAAUAUUCUCUUGUUACCACUUUUUGAGUUGCCCAAUUUAUAAAAUAUAAAAAAAAUAUCAAAUAGCUUAAGUUUGAAAAAUAAAAGUAUUUUUGAUAGAACAUUUACAAAAAGAAAAACAAAAACAAAAAAUUUUUUUUUUUGACAUACGCAGUCAACCGUCUUAUUAUUUAAGUAUACCUGCAAAGUUAGCUUUCGAAAAGUCAUAAAUACACUGAGCAUUUUCUAAAUGUUUUGCCAUCUUGAACAAUCACUCAUUUAGUGGAAAUCAACAUUUGAAUAUUGCUGCUACAGAAAAACAACUCAAUACUCGUUUAUUAUUUGUAUAUUUAUCCAAAACAUCCCCUCAUUUUGAUACCGUGCAAAUCAUGUCAAUGUAAUUCUUUUCUUUUCAAUUUAUAAAGAGUUAAACGAGUUUUUUAUUGUCUAAUUGUUGAUGCAAUUAAAUCAAUUUGUUUUGCUGUAAUUGUAAAUUUGCAGGAUUACUUCAUCAAGUUUAUGAGAUGGAUUUUAAAGUGACAGUCGCUGCCAUCGUAUUAUUGGUAGUCAUUAUUGUUAUUGUUAGUGCAAUUACCUUAGUCUUAAUAACACAUGUAUAUAUUUGAUAUUUAAUAUUAAUAAAUUCAGAUGUACUUGCAAAUAGGCUAUUCAAAUACUUAAAUCAAAAUGUACUCUGUUGGGACAUUACCAAAAUUGCAUAAUUCGUAACUAAAUUGUGAUCUUUUUUUUUAUAAUAGAUUGGACUAGUGUUAUUGCUAAUACUGAACUUAAUAUAUAGUUCUUAGUAAUCAGUAAAUAUGUUGUUAUUGAUUAAUUAUAGUGAACUGCCAAUUAUUUAAAUCAACAAUAAAUGAGCUGUUUACAAAGUCAAAAAAUAAUAAACUCCAAUCAAAUCGCGGUUUACGUUAAAAAGAAAACAAAGACAUCCUUUUUAUUGAGUAUAGUCAAGGAUUAUGUUCAAGGAUUAAAUAAUCUGACAAGUGGACUGUCUGCAGUGGGUGCCCAAAAAACUAAAGACCACGUUCUUAAAAGGCUAUUAAUAAUAGUUCGGGUCUUCUUCGAAAACUUUAGAAAAUUAUUUAUUCUUAUUUAUUUAAUGUAAAAAAGUUAUUUUUAUGAAAUACAGUAAAAUCCAGUGGUAGUAAUGUUUUCCAUUCAAAUGUAAAGAUUCUUUUGUUAAAUUUUGUGAAAAUAAUAAAAUAAAAUUUUUAGACGAAAUCUUGCAUAAGGUUGCCCUACCAAUUGCUAAUACUAUAAAAUAACAAAUAUCAAAACAAUCUGUUUUCACAUUAAGCAUUUAAAGAAUCGCUGUCUAGAUUCAACUUAAUCCAUCAAAUUUAGUAUAUUAUAUAAUAGAUAUUUCUUAAAACCAUAAUUAACUUUAUAUCGAAGGGUAAGUACAUGUUAAAAAGUACAAAAUUAAUUAAUCUGAUUAAAACGAGUUGUUUUCGUAAAUUUCUUCUAUUUUUGUAUUGGACAGUACUUACAUGUAAAUAAACAAGUUGAUAAACUUGCUAUAAGUAUAAUUUCUUGAUUGAAGAAUGUAUUUUAAUUUAGUGUGUAAACGUAGUAUAUAAUUGUCAAAUAGAGAAAAAUCAAUACGAUAUUAUUUUGUAUUUAAUAUACUUUAUAAUACUUUAACAUAAGUUAUACAUGGGACUAUAAAGUGAUAUACAUAUGUAUCCAUUGUAAAAUCUUAGGUGCACACUUAAUUUUAUUACGACUGUUUUAAACCUAUAUAGUUUCCCUUUGCUUACCAUUUUUUGUCAUGCAUGCCUGUGAUCCUAUGCACUGGCCGAAAUUUGCGUCUAAAUUAUUAUUUAAAUUGGUCGUUUUGUAUAGUAGUUGACAAUUAUUGAUCUGAGAACUUCGGAAAUCCGAUUGUAUUUUAUAUUCGCUUUUUUUCGCUAUUU